AUGGUUUUCAGACGACAAUACCCCCAUGCCGAGCUGCGGAUCCCUACAGUCCCAAACUUCCCUUUAUCAUCCCCCAUCACCGAAGAAAUUGCAAGUCCGACCUCGUCAUCGUCCGAUGAACGGGACCUAGAAAGACGUCGCCCGUUUGAAUACCUGUCGAAAGUACCCAGUCGGAACCCUUUUGUUCAUAAAUCCGAGUAUGAGGGUCAUUCGGAAAGCAAUGAGCUGGAGACCAAUGCCUAUGACGACUUUCAUCAAAAUGGACACCAAAACACCGACUCUGGUCCCAAGUCAGUUACCACGAAGAACAACAGUGAAAGGCCGGUGGGAUUGAACCUAGUGACCGAUUUCUCAUCACACUCCAAUAUCCGAGAAAAAACAGCCGACUCUCCAUUGGUGGAUUUGGAUGACCUGAAGAUGCUUUCAGAGAAGCGAGAUAAAGAGAGGACAACACAGAAAAUCAAAGGGAUCCUUAAGAAAGAAGUCAAUAGGCGAUCUAGCUGGGUUGAUAUGACGCCUAGGGUAUCGCCGAAAAAGAAAUACAAAGAUGAGCUAUCGCCGUCCGAUCGACCGAUAAUGAUUGGAUUCAGCAUGCCAUUUGAAUCCCCAGACUCCCAGAAGGAGAGAUAUCGAGAGCUCGACAUCGGCGACAGUCAGCGGACGCCUCUUACACCCUCGAUAGUGGUCACACCGGCGAAGGAGGAUGGUUUCUGGAGUGGGACGGCGCCUGAAAAUCACCGCCCCAGAGCAACUUCCAGCAUCUACUCUCAGCCGACUCCCUGGUUUGAAGAUAGCCAGGCACCCAUACCACCUGUUCCUGCGAUUCCCGCACAGCACGCAGCCGCCAAGAACGAAAUAAUCAGUCCCAAAUCUCCCCGCAGACAGUCACUGGCAUCGACAAGGAAGCACCGUUCCUUUUCUGCAGGCACAGUAUUCGAGGAAGAUGAAGUAUCGCGACCAGGCGUUCGUUCUCGAUCAUACUCGAGUAGCAGCGUCAGACGGGCUUUCGAUCGACUGAGCGGCAUUGAUGCAGCUAGCCGACUGAGUGUUAAUACUGAGUACGAUCGACAUCAGUCGCAAGGGUGGUGGACAUAUCUUCUUUCGCCAUUGCUAGGUCGCUCUAGCACAAUUUCUAGCAGGAAAGCUCCUACCGACGCAGAUCGGCCUCCAGUUCCGGCCAUCAAAACCAACAUGUCGGAAUCGAGUGACGAAUGGUGGGAAAAGGAAGUCUCAUGCUUCUCGCCAGAAACUCCGGAGACAGCCGGGGUCACCCGAGGGGAGGUAGCUAGCUGGCAAAACUGCGACACGAAUCCGUUUGCUGAUUUCAAUUCGAUAACGGACCCUCAGGCUGAACCUCUGGGGGAGCGGAAUGCUACGUCCUUCAUGUUUCCCGGGCGAGCGAUUCAAGGCUCAGCGGCCGAGUAUUACCAAGCAUGUGCCCAUGAACUUUUCAGCGGUCGACCUUACUUUGAAUGUGUUGACCAUGUCUGUUCUAUUACACCUAAGGACAUGAUACCGGUCGUGGAGCCGGACGCAGCUGCGAAUGACACCAUGAGUGAGAAAGGUCUCUUAGUAGACGUGGACGAUAUGCCCCGGUCCGGUCCGCAAGAUGAUCGAAGCUCUUUGGCGCCUACUUCGGUUUCGAAAACUUGCUCCUGUGGUGCAUCAGCUGCAGCUGGCGAAUCGGAAACCCCGAUUCGCAGUCCCAAGGCAGCUGACCCUCCUGAGGAGAAGGAGAGUGUAUCGGAAACCCCAAGGGCUGGUUCCCCAGAGCCGCGUGCCAGAGGGUUUGUUCCAGAUGCAGCAGAUGAUGACAAUACCCCCAUCGAAAGCUCACCAGAACCUUCCAGGCCGAGCUCCCCCAAACCCGAAGCACAAGCCAGGGGAGGCGUGGAAAGAGCACCGCCAGCAGACAGCGAAUAUGAUAAGCGAGUGUCUUUUAACCCUUUCGUCCAACAGGCACCAGCUGCUGCGGCCCCGCCGCCAGUCACACAUGUGUAUAUUCAGCAAGCUCCAGCUCCAAUCCAGGCACCAGCGCCUAUCGUCACAACUGAGAGGACUAUUCCUCAAUACGUAAUGAUCCCUCCUCCUCACCAUGAUGAGCAACCUCCGCAGCCUCCGCAGCCACAACGCCCUGAUCCUGUCUCACCGGGGUUCCAACGAGCAUCGGAGGCACCUGGAUUCAUUCCAUUAUCAGAAAUAGAGAACAGUCCGGCGCCUGCGUACACGAGCACUCGCAACGACCCCACUACUCUUCCGCCACGCAUCGAGCCUGUCCCAAUAACGCGAGACGCAACGACAAGCCCAUUUGCAGAGAGGGAAAGAAUCGAAUCCCGAAGGAGAAGGCAUGAAAAGGAAGAGGCCAUCGGUAAGAAAGCCGGCGGGCUAUGGCGAGGUAGAGGAUGCAUCAGCAACAAAGGCUGCUUUGGAAGAUCUGGACGCGAGGGUCGGCUGAAGCGUCGAUGGUACAUGGCCAUUGCUGCCUUCUUCCUGGCCAUUGUCAUCGUUGCCAUCGUCCUUGCAAUCGUGCUCACCAGGAAGGGCGAUGCAACUCCAGUUCAAUCGCAAUGGCUGAAUCUGACCGGAUAUCCACCGAUGCCAACCGGUAUUGCAACGGUUGCCGCUCCCGAGCCCCAGGUGCAGAAUUCGGGAUGUAUUACUCCUGCGUCUCUCUGGAGCUGUGCUUUGCCAGAAGAACAACAAGAUGCCAACAACCCCUAUCCUGCCAACCAGCCCAAUUUUCGAGUGGAGAUCCGGUUUCGCAAUGGCACAUAUCCAAACAGCACCGCUGUGGCACCAGACUCGGGCAAAAGGGCCGUGCCUAGGGCUCCCGGAUCAUUCGAUUCGUCCCCAUCUCCGCCAGAUAUGAAGGAACAGACCUUCCUCGGAAACACUACGGACAAUAACACUGCCCCUUACGCCGGGGUCGAAACGCCUUUCUAUAUGACCAUUUUAUCGCCUGUCCCUCUCUCAGCAACUCGGAAUGUGCGCAGAUCCGACGACUCCCCUUUCCCUGAUCUGGAAUCACUUAUACCUUCCCCGGAGGUCGACUCUGAUGGAACGGCCGCCGCAGCCAACCUUUACCCUCUCCCUGAAUCCCAGCCCGUGAGGCUCUACAACCGAGGCCAAGACGACGAGCACUACGGCUUCUACACCUAUUUCGACCGCUCCAUAUUCUCAUCGUCAUCCAGCCCCCUCGACGGCAGCAAGUCAGACAGCAAAGGCGAUGACAACGGCGGCUCCCGCAAAACCAAAGCCCGGACCCGAUGCACCUGGGCACAGACGCGAUUCCUCGUCCAGAUCUGGACCAAACCUGAGCGAUCAGGAAAAUCCCUCCUGAGCAGCAACAGCUCUGCGUCUGCAUCUGCCAGCGCAACGCCGACAUCUACCGCCCGAGCAACGUCCACAGCCUCAGCCACCAAUUCGUCCGCAGUCGACUUCACCCGUCCCGGCUCGUUCCCGUACCCCAUCACCAUCACCAUCGACCGACAUGGCGGAGACGCAAAGAAGAAGAUGCUAUACUGCUACGGCAUGGAGACCGAUCUGCACAUCAACGCGACGGAGAAAAAGCUGCAGAUCGAGAACCGGGACUUUGGGGGGCUGCUUGUGAACCCGGCGCCGGGCAUCUUCAACACGACUGGUUCGUCGAAGGAUAACGGUUCGGAUGUUGGUGGGUAUGACGGUGGGACAGGGGGGUGUUCUUGUCAGUGGGCGAAUUGGAUUUCGACAAGCUAG